AUGGAAAAAUACACAGCCGCAGCUGAAAAGUACUUCAACAAGUUAGACGAGAAUGCCAAGAGCCAGGCCAUUUAUAGGAAACUCCUUAAAUGGCAUUGUCCGGAAGAAAAGAAAGACAAGGCAAAGUCUCUUUUCAAGAAGAUGGAUCAUCUCAACUUUCUUGAUAGCAAGACACCAUUUAAUGAUAUGACUCAUAUGUACUACCAUAUGAAGCAACUCGAUAAGGUAAAAGAGGUCUAUAAUGAGAUUGAACAGAGGAAUAUCUCUAGAGAAUGA